GCAAAUUGCACAAGAAGAAGAAACUGAAGGCGAAAAGGAGAGUGACGAAAGCCAUGACGAAGAGGUCACAGUAAAAGGAAGAUCUCAAAAAAAAAAAAGAAAAAAGAAAAAAUCCCCAGCAACUUUUAAUUUAAGUCACAAGUUGUCAUGCGUACUUUGGGUAAUAGGAGAGACGUGUUCUCGUGACAGUGCUGCUCCUUUAACUGUCUGCAUAUACGCCACACCGCUCAUCUCCGGCCGCUGUUCGCUCACUAAACGCGAACUUUACAAGUUUGUGAAGUGAACUUUAUUUUCGCAGCUGCUGAAAUGGAUCCACGCGAGUGAGUGCACAUGGGAGGCUUUAGGCUUAUAGUACAAACUUAGCGACGCUACUGAAUCGCGAGUCUGCAGUGAAUUCAAAAUGUGUCUGAUUUAACGCGAUUAAGAAGACGCCAUGGCAGACAGAAGGACUUUCAACGUUGUGAUUUUGGGUGUGGGAUUUUUGUUUAUUUUCACCGCCUUCACCACCUGUGGAAAUGUUGAGCAAACUGUAGUGAAAAGCCUGGGAAAUUCUACUUUCACUGGAAGUGGGUACCACAGCCUUGGAAUCAUCUAUGGAGUCUUCUCGUUCUCCAAUCUGCUUGCACCAAUGAUUGUUACAGUUAUUGGACCAAAAUUUACCAUGUUUCUGAGCGGCCUGCUGUACAGUGGUUACAUUGCGAUGUUCAUCGUCCCCUCGACAUGGUCUUUUUACUUGACCUCCGUUCUCAUCGGCAUAGGAGCAGCCAUGCUCUGGACAGCUCAAGGACAGUUUCUGGUGGAAAACUCAGAGGCCUCCACCAUCAACAGAAACACUGGAAUGUUCUGGGCUCUCCUACAGUGCAGCAUGUUGUUUGGUAAUCUUUACAUUUAUUUUGACUGGAAUGGAAGAACAGAAAUACCAGACAACAGCAGGAGAAACAUUUUUCUGUCCCUGCUGGUUAUAUCCAUCCUCGGCACACUUAGCUUCCUGGUGUUGAGAAAGAGCCAUCAUGAAGAGGAGAUGCUCUCUGAAGAGGAAGGGCAGUCACUGCUCUCAACUCGCACGAUGUACAAGCACAGAGCGAACACUGCCAUGCAGGAUACUAAAUCGGAGUUCAAAACCAUCCUACGACUGCUGAAGACUAAAACUACCCUUCUUCUGAGUCCUUGCAUGGCGUACAGCGGCCUUGAGCUAUCUUUUUACAGUGGAGUGUAUGGGACGUGUAUCGGAGCAACUGCACAGUUUGCAGAAGCAGCUAAAGGCUUGAUUGGGAUCUCAGGGAUUGUUGUAGGCAUUGGAGAAAUAGUAGGUGGGGGUUUGUUUGGAUUGUUGUGCAAGAACAGCCGCUUCAGACGAACUUCUGUGGUGUUUCUGGGAAUGGUUGCCCAUUUUGUUGCUUUCUAUUUGAUCUUUCUUAACAUCCCUGAUGAUGCCCCCAUUGUUUUUGAAACCACGUCCCUAAAGAAGCCAUAUCUAACUCCAAGUGUAUCCAUUGCCCUGCUGUGCAGCUUUUUGCUUGGACUCGGGGACAGCUGUUUCAACACACAGCUCUACAGCAUAUUAGGCCAUGUUUAUGCUGAAGAAAGCACGCCGGCUUUCGCCAUUUUUAAAUUCAUCCAGUCUGUCUGUGCAGCAGCUGCGUUCUUCUACAGCGGUUACAUCAUGCUGAUGUGGCAGCUCCUGCUGAUGGUCAUCCUGGGCUUCACUGGAACACUUUGCUUCUUCGUGGUGGAGAGGAUGCAGAACUUCUCUGUAGAUAUACAGGAAUUUUAGGAUUCAUCUCAGCAUUAAUGGCUUUCUGAAACUCAUUUUCAGGAUAAAAUGAGGCCAUCAGAAAUCCUGUAAUUUAAAAAAAAUCUCAUUUCAUGAAGCGCUUUUUAAAAAUCUCUUUCUAUAAUGAAGCACCGAGGGUCAUGCAGAUUCACAUAGCAUCGACACUAACGAGAGUUUGAAUUGAUGCCAUAGCUGAAACCAAGCUGCCUUACAAGUCUACACUGUACUUUGCACAAUCCUUUUUUCCUCUCACUCUACAAAGUGGUCAUCGGACAUCUUUAAAGUUAUUUUUCUAUUACUCUGUUGUACUGCACGUGGUCUUAAUAUGGAAUUUUAAUAACUUACCUUAUCAUCUGCUUUGCAUUGCUUUGGAAGCUCAUGUUCGUAAUAACGGUGCCAUUGUUGAAGUUAAUUUAUGAAUCUAAAGCGUUACUGCAGGAUGUUUAGUGCUGUUUAUAAUGACAAGAAUAGAUGACACUAAUUAAUGCUUGACAAUCACUUCAUUUCUUUUUACAUUCUUGCAUAUUAAUGUAAUGUUUUCACCAAUUUUGCUGAAUAAAUUUUAAAACACUGGGGGGGCUCAAGUAUAGACUGUGUUGUGGUCUACAUGAUUAUUAUAAAUCAUCAUUUAAGUCAGCGGUGCAAAUGUUAGAGUCAAGGCAAGUGGUAACAGCUGACAAAAGGUUUGAUCUGUAGAUAAACAUUAAUGUGCUCAUGUGUAUUAAUUAAAUUACAUGUGACCUGUAAACAA